UUGUGGUUGUAGGCGGAGUCUUCUACUGCGCAUCCGUCGGGUGCUAAGGCUACAGUACGCGUUUUUCUUUUGUAGUGCUUAACUUAUGAAGUUUUCAGUUACUGCACUAUAUGUUUGUAAUUUCAAGGGUGUUUUAGUUAACAAACAGUUGUUCUAAAAAAGGAUGUAAUGGCAUCUUGUGGAGUGGCUAACAGUACCCAGUUUAACCCUGACUCUCUGUGGUAUCACCAGGACAUAAGUCGUGCCACUGCAGAGGAGUUGUUGGCCAAGUCUGGUAGAGAUGGUAGUUUCUUGGUCCGUGAUAGUGAGAGUGUAACCGGGGCGUAUGCACUCUGUGUGUUGUAUCAGAAGCAUGUCCACACUUACAGAAUAUUACCUGAUGAGGAGGAUUUCUUAGCUGUACAGACAUCACAAGGUGUACAGGCAAGACGGUUCAAGACCUUGAAUGAGCUGAUCAGCAUUUAUCUCCAGCCUAAUCAGGGUCUGGUAUCAACAUUACUAUAUCCAGUGGAACAUGAGAAAGAAAGCCCAGAAGAUAGAGACUAUUCCGAUGGUGAAGAUGACAAGCCCCCACUCCCACCUCGUUCUGCAUCCACAAGCUCCUACAACAGUGCUGUUUCAAAUCUUGUUCCUGCAGGCCAGGAAGGAGCCACAGAAAGCUCCCCAAAUGGGAUUAGUACCAUUUCACAUGAAUAUCUAAAGGGAAGCUAUGCACUAGAUUUGGAAGCAGUGAAAAGUGGGGCAAGCAACCUACCUCACCUUAACAGCACACUUAUCAGUGCCUGUAAAAAGCUGCAUGGUGAAGUGGAUAAAGUUCUGUCUGGACUUGAGAUUCUAUUGAAGGUGUUUGACCAGCAAAGCUUACCUAUUCUGACCAGAAUCUUACAGAAGUCAGCCAGUCAGGGAGGUGAGCUGGACUUGGAGAACCUCGUUUCAAAGCUUUCCGUCUUGAAAGACUUCCUGUCAUCAAUUGAGAAGAAGGCUUUGAAAGCACUACAGGACAUGAGUACGACGGCUCAGUCCCUUCCAGUUUUGCCUGCUUUCCGUAAAGUAAAGGGAAUCCCAGUGCAGGCAUUUGAGGUGAAACUGGACAGUAACCUUGAUUUGACCAAAAUUGGGAAGUCACAGAAAUAUAGCCUGAGCGUAGAUGUAGAUGGAGGUAAACUCGUAGUGAUGAAGAAGCUAAAAGAUUCCCAAGAAGACUGGAACACCUUCACUCAUGACAAGAUUCGUCAGCUGAUCAAGUCCCAGAGGGUGCAGAAUAAGCUUGGCAUUGUCUUUGAAAAGGAAAAAGAUAAAGUGCAGCGUAAGGAUUUCAUCUUUGAAAAUGCCAGGAAAAGGGAAGCAUUCUGUCAGCUGCUGCAGCUAAUGAAAAACAAGCAUUCCAACCAGGAUGAGCCUGAUAUGAUUUCCAUCUUUGUUGGCACGUGGAACAUGGGAAGCAUUCCUCCACCAAAGAAUAUAAUUUCCUGGGUAACAUCAAAAGGACUGGGAAAAACGCUGGAUGAAAUGACAGUUACUAUUCCACAUGAUAUCUAUGUCUUUGGGACACAGGAGAACUCCAUGGGGGAUAAAGAGUGGAUUGACUUUUUGCGUGCAGCUCUUAAGGAUCUAACAGAGAUUGAGUUUAAGAUGGUUGCAGUGCAGUCACUCUGGAGCAUUAAACUGGCUGUUCUGGUGAAGCCUGAGCAUGAGAACCGCAUUAGUCAUAUCAGUACCUCCAGUGUUAAAACAGGAAUAGCCAAUACUUUAGGUAAUAAAGGUGCUGUGGGUGUCUCAUUUAUGUUCAAUGGUACCUCUUUUGGCUUUGUCAACUGUCAUCUAACCUCAGGCAGUGAGAAGACAGCUAGGAGGAACCAAAAUUACCUUGAUAUUCUUCGCCUGCUUUCUCUCGGAGACAGACAGCUUAGUUCCUUUGACAUCUCUCUGAAGUUUACACACCUUUUCUGGUUUGGAGACCUUAACUACCGACUGGAUAUGGAUGUCCAGGAAAUUUUAAAUUACAUAAACAGGAAAGAAUUUGACCCACUUCUAAAGGUAGACCAGCUUAACCUGGAAAAGGAGAAGAACAAGAUCUUCUUGCGCUUUUCUGAGGAGGAGAUUACGUAUCCUCCGACGUACCGUUAUGAGCGAGGGUCUCGAGACACCUAUGUGUGGCAUAAGCAAAAAACUACUGGGGUGCGCACAAAUGUUCCCUCCUGGUGUGAUAGAGUGCUGUCCAAGUCUCACCCAGAGACGCAUAUCAUUUGUAACUCUUAUGGGUGUACAGAUGACAUUGUGAGCAGUGAUCAUUCCCCUGUCUUCAGUACAUUUGAAGUUGGUGUGACAUCACAGUUUGUAUCAAAGAAAGGUCUGUCUAAGUCCAGUGACCAGGCCUGCAUAGAAUUUGAAAACAUAGAAGCUAUUGUCAAGACUGCUAGCAGGACAAAAUUCUUCAUAGAGUUCUACUCUACUUGUUUGGAAGAAUUUAAAAAGAGUAGUGAGAACGACACCCAGAACAGUGAUAACAUUAACUUUCUGAAAGUAGCAUGGUCUUCUAAGCAGCUGCCAACACUGAAGCCUAUUCUGUCAGAUAUUGAAUAUCUCCAAGAUCAGCACCUUCUUCUCACAGUCAAGUCUAUGGAUGGCUAUGAGUCUUAUGGUGAGUGUGUCAUUGCAUUGAAGUCUAUGAUUGGCAGCACAGCACAACAGUUUCUUACAUACCUCUCCCACCGUGGUGAAGAGACUGGGAAUAUCCGUGGAUCCAUGAAAGUCAGAGUGCCAGUGGAGCGGAUGGGAACCCGAGAGAGACUUUAUGAAUGGAUCAGCAUUGACAAGGAUGAAAUGGGGUCCACAAAGAUGAAGUCUGGAACAUGUUCAAGACUGAACCAAGAAUAUGUUAAAACACCAAGUAGAAAACCAGGCUUAGCUGAGUCCCAUGCUCCACAACUCACCAAGUCAUUUGAAGAAGCUGAAAAAAAUACUACCAGCAGUCGUUUAUCCAGUGCACUUCCAGGAGCGGGCAAGGAAGAUGCAAAUCUUACAAGACCUAAGCAGGAGCCAGUCAGCAGCUUUAACAACCCAGCCUACUAUGUUCUAGAAGGAGUGCCACAUCAGCAAGCGUUGAUGUCAUUGGGUGAGCCGCCAAGUCCAUCAUCUCCAGAUAAACCAGCUACACAGAAGAGCAGAGUAGCCAUUACAGUGCCUCCACAGCCAGAAAGACGUAGGCAGAAUUCUGGAGGAACACGGCUGUCAUCAGAAGAUGAUCUUUCAACCCUGAACCGUCCACCUCCAGAUUUCCCUCCUCCUCCGUUACCCAGGACCACCGAAUUUGAGAUGAAGGACAAUCCUUUCUACAUCUCCACGAAAGAGUCCCAGCAGUUUGCCUCUGUGAAACCACCUGGAGGGAAGGAGGAAUCUGGCAAAUGUGCACUUAGCAAGAUCAGGACUUGUGUGAAAUUUAAUGAACCAUUGGAGUCCAGACUUCCACCAAAAGCUCAAACCAGACUGCAACAUUCCCCUGGAGGAUACAUGAUUGAUCCCUCCCACAGUACUUCUUUUCAAGGCCUUAUGGACGAUCACUCAUGCUCUGUGCUGCAGAUGGCAAAGACAUUAAGUGAAGUAGACUACCAAGGUGGAAAGAACAGUUUCUUACCCACUGCAGGCAGGGAAUCCCAUAGCAGAAACCCUGACUUGGCAUCAAGAGGCAAAAUAGAAAUCCCGGUGAGAGGGUUUCAUUCAGACUAUAACCAUCCCAGUACCUUUCCAUCACAGCCCAUCAAAGAAAGCAUUGAGGAGGACUUGUCUGAGGAGGCAAUUUGUCAUGGAGGGAGCAGCAGCUCUAGUCUUUAUGAAUCUACUGUGGGAGAGUGGCUGAGAUCACUUGGACUGGAGAAAUAUGAGGGUGGUCUAAUUCAUAAUGGUUGGGAUGACUUAGAAUUUCUCAGUGAUAUUACCCCUGAAGACCUAGAGGAGGCAGGAGUAUAUGACCAAGCCGAUAAAAAGGUUAUACUGGAGAGCCUGCAGCAGAUGAAAUGAGAACGGCACGACUGCAUCAGAAGAACAAUUUCCAUUUAUGAAAUCAGAUGUACUUUCCUGAGAAAGAAUUCCAUCUGUCUGAAGCCAGUUGUCAGACUAUUUUGUGGUAAUAUGGUGGCCAGUGGCUUUGCCAUUCUGUGUGACUUUUCAUUUCUGAUGUCCAGUCAACAUCACUAAACAUCGCUACUUGACCACCUGAGCUAAUGGGACAGCAGACUGGGAAGAGAAUAUUUCUGCUGGUGACAAUGUUUUAAAUAAAUGCCCUCUUCUGUGGCUCAUACUGAUAAUUUGGUCACUUCUAACAAGAUAACAUCACUUGAAUAGAAACAGAGGAUAGAGUGAUGUGAUGAGACCUGUAUGAGGAUCUUGGUUUUCACUGUGAAAGAAGACUGGCUGGCUUGUAUUUUCUGUCUGGAUUUUUACCAGAUUGUAGUCCAUGUCUUUUAAUGAGAAGUCCAUGUCUUUUAAUGAUACUUUAAUUUCUUCCAAAAUAACAUAUUGCCUUUGCAUUGCAUAUUUGGGCAAAACAUUUCUAAUAUUUGCUGCUGGAAAAAGUGACUGUUGAAUUUUGCCAGCCUUAGGAAGUCUAGCUGGUAUAGUCAAAAGUAGCAUGUGUCCAGAGCUCAGGGAAGGUAUAAGCUGAACCCAGGUAGUUAGAAAUGUACUGAUAAUUACCUGACUAUACCAUGACUGUAAUACUGACACUAUUUCAUAAAGGGUAACACUGC